GCCUUGAAAUUGCCGAUUGAGCUCAAUGGAAUGAUGGCGCGGUCGGGUUGGUCUGCGAUUGGUGAACGAAUUGUGGAAGGAAGGGAAAAGGAAAAUGGCUAAAUGGUGCAGAUGUCGUUGAAAGGAGAACGAUGGCGACCUGCGGAGAAUUCGUCGAGGGAUGGUUGGUGGCGCAAGUUCUCGGGGAAGGCUCUUACGGAGAGGUGCGGCUGCUGGUGCACGCGCGCUCCGGCGCCUGCGUGGCGCUGAAGGCGGUGCGGAGCGGCGCGGGGGGCGCGGCGGGCGCGGGGGGCGCGGCGGGCGCGGGGGGCGCGGCGGGCGCGGGGGGCGCGGCGGGCGCGCGCGAGGCGGCGCUGCACCGCGUGCUGCGUCACCCGCACGUGCUGCGCUGCAUGGGCGAGCGUCUCUACGCGGACAAACACUACCUGUUCCUCGAGUACGCGCAGGGCGGCGAGCUCUUCGACCGCAUCGAGCCGGACGCGGGCAUGGCGCCGGCGGCGGCGCGGCGCUACUGGCGACAGCUGCUGGCCGGUCUCCGCUACCUGCACUCGCGCGGCGUCGCGCACCGCGACAUCAAGCCGGAGAACCUGCUGCUCGACGCACACGACAACCUCAAGAUCUCCGACUUCGGCAUGGCCACCGUGUUCAGACAGGGCGCCCGGGAGCGGCUGCUGAGCAGCGUGUGCGGCACGGUGCCGUACGCGGCGCCCGAGGUGCUGGCGGCGGCGCGCCGGCCUUACCGCGCCCCGCCCGCCGACGUCUGGUCCGCGGCCGUCGUGCUGCACGCCAUGCUGCUCGGAGAACUACCCUGGGAACGUGCCUGCGAGUCGGAGCCGCGCUACGCCGCGUGGUGCCGGAGUGAGGGCGCGGGGGGCGCGAGGCUGGGCGCCGAGGCGCGCGCGCUGCUCCGCCUGGCGCUGAGCCCGCAGCCGGCCGCGCGGCCCUCACUGUCGCGCCUGCUGCUGCACCACUGGACCAGCGACGCGCCGGACGCGUCUCGCCACCACACCGAGAUGCCUCGUGCCUCAGCACGGCGCGGCGCGACAAGACGCGACACGACACGACACGACACGACACGGCGCGACGUCAGCGAGAGCGGCGACUCGGUACUUUGGCGAUUUAGCUCCAUGACGUGUGCCAGUGCUCAUAAAGCUAGAUUACCAAAGCACCGCGUCGUGCGCAGACACGCGGCCGCAGGGAAGCUGAGCGAGGCGGGCGCGGGGGGCGGGCGGCGCGAGUGGUGCUCGCAGCCGGUGGGCGCGGGGGGCGCGGUGGGUGCGGGGGGCGCGUGGGACGUGGCGCCCGCCGAGGCGGACGUGCGCGCGCUGCUCAGCCUCUCGCAGCCGGCGCACCCCGACGAGCUGCUGGUGUCGCCGGCCGGCGCCGCGGGCGACCUCACUCAGCACACCCCGCGCCAGGUGACGCGACACUGCCGCCUCUUUAUUUAUUUCUCUGCUUUGAAUGGCGUGCUGCAACGUCUCGUGCGGCGCAUGACGCGCGUGUGGGUGAGCUGCGACGAGGAGCGCGCGCUGGAGGAGCUGCGCGCUGCGCUGGCGGCGCGCGGCCACCGCUGGCGGGAGCUGCACUCGCGCCUGCUGGCCGUCGAGUGCGGCGGCGAUCUGCGCAUGCGCGUGUGGGCGGUGCGCGCGGCGCCGGCGGGGGGCGCGGGGGGUGCGGGGGGCGCGGGCGAGGCGCGCGUCAUGCUGGAGUUCCGGCGGUCGCGCGGCUGCGGGCUGCAGUUCAAGCGCUGCUUCCUCGAGCUGCGCGCCGCGCUGCACGCGCUGGCCGCGCCGCCGCCCGCGCACGCGCUCCACCUGCCUCUGGACGCGCCGCUCGAGCCGCUCCAGCCUCACCAGCCUCACCAGCCUCACCAGCCUCACCAGCCUCACCAGCCUCACCAGCCUCACCAGCCUCACCAGCCUCACCAGCCUCACCAGCCUCACCAGUCUCACCAGCCUCACCACGAUGCCAUGGAUGAGACGUGA